AUGGUCAACAGUAUUGCCAUUUUGUUCCUUUGCGGACUGGGACUAAUCAGUGCGGAACAAUUAAAGGACGACCUAUUAAGGGUACAUUACCAUCUUAACUUACUCAAGGACACUCUGAACCGGAAUAUAGACUAUGAUAACAUAGACACUCGGGUUUUUGGCACGGAUGAAACAAAGUGUCAGGCGGAUAUGACGGAGCUCUUAGCAGGUUUAAAAGCGAGCAGCUACUGGGCUCUAAGAAUGCUUGAUUCUUGGGGUUCCUUACCCUCGGGCCUGUUGUACGGCACCUUUUACGACCUGGGAAACUUCGAUGAGUGCCUAACCAUACAUCAACAAAUCAGCGGUAGCCAAACGAUCCACGGCAAAUAUUGCUUCCUGGCUGUGCCCCUGAAAGACGUUAUAGACACUGGCAUUACGUCCUUGGAAGGCAUGCAGAUCAAGAUGGCAUCUUGUUUUCCGGCCUCCUGUUCUUCCACUGAAAUGGAAAAGUUUGCAGGACAAUUUUAUCAAAGUGUAUUUAAGACAAACAAAAGUAUAGAUAUAACCAUAGAUGAAACGGGUUGCCAAACAAGCGAUCCUGAGCCUUGGGAUGGCCUCACCAUUUUUGCAAUUGUGAUCUUAUCACUGCUGACUUUAAUAGUGACUUGUUGCACUUUUUACGACUACUUUCUGUGUGAAAAUCAAAAACAACUUCCAGCCCUGGUCAAGAUUAUAUCGGCUAGGGCUAAUUCCCGAGCCCUUUUCCGUCUUAUAGACGGCAGUUCCAACCCGAAUGUAAUUGAAUGUCUUCAUGGCAUUCGCUGCCUGUCCCUCAUCUGGGUGGUCUACCUUCAUGAGCACAUGUACUCCCUGAUUUCGCCAAAUAUUAACUUUACUUAUGCUUUAUUGUGGCUGGAGAAGCCAAUGGCAAGCUUUUUCGUCCAUGGCUAUUUUUCAGUGGAUUCGUUCCUCUUUAUCGGUGGCCUGCUGGUAUCCAUGACUGCCCUGCGCACUAUGGAAAAGACAAAGGGAAAACUAAACGUCCCAAUGAUGUAUGUGCAUCGCAUAAUUCGCAUCCUACCCGUUUUGGCCAUGGCCAUCUUGAUCUAUGUGAAGCUAAUGCCGGUUGUCAGUGGGGGACCCCUUUUCAAGAGUGGGUUCCAUGGCAAGGAGGAGUGUGUGAAUGGCUGGUACUGGGACCUUCUCUUCAUCCAGAACUAUGCCACACAGAGUGUCUGCCUGGAUCAGUCCUGGUAUUUAGCGGUGGACAUGCAGCUGUAUAUCCUGUCACCACUUCUGCUGAUUGGUCUCUACAAAUGGGGCAAGAGGGCGGCCUUUGGCAUUGUGACACUUGUGAUUUUGCUCUCCGCCUGCCUGUUUGCCACCCAGAUGGUCAAUCAUUACACAAUGAGUAUUAAAAAUGGUGGUGGCGAUGAUGAGGCCAAUGCGAAGCUUUACCUGGCCACUCAUACCCAUGCUGCUCCCUGGCUGAUUGGCUUCCUGUUUGGCUACUUCCUGCACCUGAAUCGUGGCAAGAAAUUCGAGUUGAGUCGGCUCGUUGUUUGGUCAGGAUGGAUCCUCUGCCUGGCCAUGAUCUUCACCUCGAUCUUCGCCCUCUAUCCGUCCGGCAAGUGGAGUGCUCCGCCUCUGCCAACUGUGGAGGAGUCUGUGUACUACACCCUCACCCGAGUGGGUUGGCCCCUGGCCAUGUGCUGGGUGGUUUUCGCCUGUAUGCAGGGUUAUGGCGGCUUGGCCAAUAGUUUACUCUCCACUCCCUUGUGGCAGCCCCUGUCCAGGCUCUCCUACUCCGUCUUUAUCUGGCACAUGUUCGUCCAGGAGGUGAACAGCCGGAAUGUGAGGACCAGCACUUACUUCUCAAAUUACAGAGUGAUGCUCAACUUUUGGUCAGACUUUGGCAUAAGUCUGGUCAUGUCCUAUGUCUUGUAUCUCAUUAUCGAGGCACCAAUUGGUGGGCUUGACGCUCUUUGGAGACCCUCGGGAAACGUGAAGCCUCCAGCUGCCACUCAACCCAUACUAUCUUCUGUUGUGGAGCACAAAAACAAUGGCGAUGAGUCCGAAAAUAAACUAGCUGCCUGAACUGAUUAGUACUAAAUUAUUGAUAUUUAUCUCUUAAUUUAACUGAUUAUAAACACAAAAGCAUAUUUGGAAAGAAAUAUUUUCUUUUCCUUUCCUUAAACAACCUCUCAAUCACAUAAUGUCAAAUGGAUUAAAAUCUAAAUUCAAGGUAUUUGAAAUACAAAGA